CACCCCCCACUGUCCCUCACCCCCCACCGCCCAUCCUCACCGUGCUGCUGGAUCCCAUUGCCAUUCCUCACCCCCCGCUCUUCCCCCCCCCCUCCGCAGGCUGCGCUCAUCGAUGGGCUGUAUGGGCUGGUGGUGGAUGCCAUCUUUGGGUUCAGCUUCAAGGGAGCGGUGCGGGAGCCGUUCGGGAGCAUCCUCAGCACCCUGCAGAGCGUCACGGUGCCCAUCGCCAGCAUCGACAUCCCCUCGGGCUGGGACGUGGAGAAGGGGCGGGCGGACGGGCUGAGACCCGACAUGCUCAUCUCGCUGACGGCGCCCAAGAAGGCGGCCGUGCAUUUCUCGGGGCGCUACCACUUCCUGGGGGGGCGGUUCGUGCCCCCGGCGCUGCAGGAGAAGUACAGCCUCAACCUCCCCCCGUACCCGGGCACCGAGUGCGUCCUGCAGCUGCCGUAGGGGCUCAGUGCUGGGGCGCUCGGAGCCCCGUCGGAGCGCUUCCAGGAACAGAGCCGGGCACUGAGAGCCGCGCCUCACGCUUCAGGGUUGUUUGGUGCAAUAAAAAUGUAUUGGAAAACACACAAAAACCUUUGAAGACCCCGGUACUGCGCAGGCUCUGCCCUCCGUCGCUCUGGCUUCAACCGCUCCACCGUGGGCUGACGGCAAACUGGUCCCAUCCUCAGGGCUGGGUGCGAGCUGCAGGCAGGUUCCGUGGGGCACACAGCUCCCCAGGCCCCUCUGAGCACCCCAGGCACCACAGGGGGUUUCGGAUCCCCCGGCCAGGUGGCUGCAUUCAUUCUGCCUCCCUCCGCCUCUUCUUCUUCUUCUUCCUCCCCACUCCAGGCUGGUGCUCAGCCUCCCCUGGCCCACCGGUGUCCUCUGGAGGUGCCUCCAUCUCAACCACCUCCUCCACCUUCUCCUUCCUCCUCUUUUUCUUCUUC